AUGAAUGGUAUGCUCCUUAAUGACCGCAAAGUGUUUGUUGGCCGUUUUAAAUCCCGAAAAGAACGCGAGGCAGAGCUUGGAGCCAGAGCAAAGGAAUUCACUAAUGUUUAUAUCAAGAAUUUUGGCGAAGACAUGGAUGAUGAAAGGCUUAAAGAAGUUUUCUGCAAAUAUGGUCCAGCUUUAAGUGUAAAAGUUAUGACUGAUGAGUCUGGAAAAUCUAAAGGCUUUGGGUUUGUCAGCUUUGAAAGACAUGAAGAUGCUCAAAAAGCUGUGGAUGAUAUGAACCAAAAGGAGUUAAAUGGAAAACAGAUAUAUGUUGGCCGGGCUCAGAAGAAGGUGGAACGGCAAACUGAACUAAAACGCAAAUUUGAACAAAUGAAGCAAGACAGGAUCACCAGAUACCAGGGUGUGAACUUGUAUGUGAAAAAUCUUGAUGAUGGUAUUGAUGAUGAGCGCCUGCGGAAAGAGUUCACCCCAUUUGGUACUAUCACUAGUGCAAAGGUGAUGAUGGAAGGUGGCCGUAGUAAAGGAUUUGGGUUUGUAUGCUUCUCGUCCCCUGAAGAAGCCACCAAAGCGGUUACAGAAAUGAAUGGAAGAAUUGUCGCCACCAAGCCGUUGUAUGUGGCUCUAGCCCAGCGCAAAGAAG